AUGACGGCCAGUUAUCAAAUGGGGGAGGCAGACCUUGUUGCGCUUCGCAAGGAACUUGGACCCCUUGGCGAUGGAAUUUACUACCUUUGGAAUGCAUUUGCGCCCUCGGGCCAAAGUGGCGAUGAGCUCACGGGCUGGUGUCUAGCUAUCAACCAGAAUAAUGAUAUGUUCUUCCUGAAAACCGGAGGAUAUUACUCAGGUUACCUCGAGGACCAUCCCCCCAAGAAUCCCGACCCCAGUCGGAAAAACCAUUUUUGGCCGUCCGGAAUUGAUGUAAAGUCGCGCGACUCAGAUGCCAGGUUCAUGGUACUUAGGCCCUUUUGGGAUGAUGCAUACUGUCCCUAUGAUAACCUGCGUGAAUACGCCGAAUGGUGGAAUGGCUAUGAAGUUACUGGGGAGGAGAAGGACUAUUAUACAGCUCUUAUUAAAGCAGCCGAAGAGGAACGGGCGAAGAGACGCAAGGCUAAACAGGAACAGGAAAGGAAGGCCCGAGAGCAGGAGAGGGAAGAGAAGAAAGCCCGAAAGGAACUUCGAAAGAAAGACCCAGCGUCAUAUCGAAGGUUUUUUCCACAGGAAGCUCUAAAGAGAGAGCUUCGAAAGAACAGUCCAGAGUCAUAUCGAGAGAUGUAUCCAGAGGAAGCUGCAAAAAGAGAACAGAGAAAGCUUCGAAAGGAAUCUCCGGAGGAAUAUCGAAGGACAUAUCCAAAUGAAUGGCUAGAGAGAGAAAAGCGAAAGAUUCAGAAUGGUGGGGUUUCUUCCGACGAUGACGAUAGCGACGAUAGCGACGACGACAAAAGGGGCGACGACGAUAGGGACGACUACGAACAACCAUUCUAA